UUCAAGUAUUUCAGCCCAGUGCGGUUGUCUUCCGCAUUUGCUUCUUCAAAGUGUGUCAAAAACAUUUGACCAGAGUGUGUGUGACAUUGUGUGUGUAGUGAACAACUGUUUGCUCGUGUGUGCUCAAAAGGACAUUUGAAAAUAAAAUGGAUGCGACUAAGAUAUCUAAUACACGUGAGGAUGACAUUCAUCAAUUGGCAAUCAGUGCCGGAAAUCGAUUUCCAAAUGAACGGAGACCUUACGAAUUGCCUCCAAUGGGCCCUGGAUCGCCGUACCAACUUCCUCCUUCAGCAGCAGCUCACAGUGCUUCGGCAGCAGCGAUGAUGGCCCAUCGUCAUUUGGCCGCCGCUGCCGCCGCUUCCGUCAAGAGCGAUCCCAACAUCAAGAUUUCUCUGGAAAACGCCGAUUUGUGGCAGCAAUUUCACCAGAUUGGCACCGAAAUGAUCAUCACCAAGUUGGGAAGACGAAUGUUCCCAACAUUAAAAGUCAAUUUAAGCGGUUUGGAUCCCAACACAAAGUACUUUGUACUUCUGGAUCUCGUCCUGGCCGAUGAUUCUCGAUUCCGCUUCAACGCGGGUUGGUUGCGUUCCGGCAAGGCUGAACCUCAAUGGCCAUCACGGAUUUACACACAUCCCGACAGCCCGGCCACCGGAGCUCAAUGGAUGAAACACGAAGUGUCUUUCCAGAAAGUCAAGUUAACCAACAACACGAUGGAUCAGCAAGGCCAUUUGGUACUCACAUCUAUGCACAAGUACGUGCCACGCAUCCACGUCAUUGCAGCAUCAGAUUAUGCCAGUCUUCAUUGGGGAAUGCCCACCACAAUUAACACGGCGGCUUUCAACGUUUGCAGUUUCAUUGCUGUCACAGCCUACGCUAAUGAUCGAAUGACGCAAUUGAAAAUCGAUAACAAUCCGUUUGCCAAGGGAUUUCGCGAGAACGGCCAACUGCGUGUGAAAAAGCGACAAUUAAGAGACAUCUCACCUGAUAAUCGUAAAAAAUCGCGUCCAAGCAGCGCGUCGAGUUCACAUUCAUCACUGAACAUCACCGAUGAUGAAUGUAAUCCACCGACGGCUCCGGGAGUCCAUCAAGAGUCCGUUACACCACCACCUUCGUUGACGGUAACAUCGCCAGUGAAAUGUUCCACCAAUUUCUCCAUAGCCCGUCUAGUGGGAGAAACAACUAGCCCGGCACCUAUCGUUUUCAAGCCGGAAAUGCAUCAACAUCAGCCAACAUCGUUUCAUCAUCUUCAUCCAGCGAUGCAUCCGUGGAUGGCUGGUGGACAUCAACAUCCUCAUCAUCUCAAUCCAUACUCUUCGGUCUUUGCUCCAAGGCUGGCCGGCUGGUCCCACCACUUGCCCUUGAUCCCCAUGAUGCACUUUUCUUCCAUGUUCCAGCACGGUCCCCAUCACCUGAUGAUGACGGGCCCCAGUUCGGCUUCACUCACUGGAACUCCAAAUGCAAACAAAUUGUUUUAAUUUACACGUUCUUCGUUGUCCCUCUAUUUUCUCUCGUGUAUUCCCUCUAGUCAAAGGGGUAUGCCGCAUCACGUGCCUUCGCUCCGCACUCCUGUUGAUAAUUGUAUUAUUUUUCACGUUGAAUAAUCAAACACAAAUGUCACAAAUAUCGUUAUAUUCUAUUAGCACAAUGAAAAAAGUGAUUUCAUGAUCAUGUCAUUUCUUUGAUCGAUUAUUACACACAAAGCAAAACAAAAAAAAACAA